AUGAUAGAGCUUGCCACCGCUGCCGUCUUAGUUGGGGGAGUCGCCGUCGCAGGGUAUCUGAACGCCAAAUUCCACCUCCAAAAAGACCUAUCGGACCUGAUUUUGUUGAUGAAGGCAAAACGUCAAUAUGCUCGUGCCCUAAGCCACAAUCGGGGGAAUCCGUGGUUUCUAUUGUUAGAGACCGUGAAACGGUACCCCGACAUGACCUGCUUGUGGACUCGUGCCAGAUCCUAUACCUACCAGCAAUUGCAGGACCAAGCCUGCCAGUAUGCUCAUUUCUUUCUGUCGCAUGGCGUGAAUAAGGGCGACCUUGUGGCCGUAUAUCUCCAGAACCGGGAGGAGUUCAUGAUCGUAUGGCUGGCCCUCUGGAGCAUCGGCUGUGCACCGGCUGCCAUUAAUUAUAACCUUGCUAGCAAUGCUUUGAUACACUGUCUAAAGAUCAGUAAUUCAAAGAUUCUCUUGGUCGAUGAGGAUCCUACCUGUCGUUCCCGUGUGCAAGAAUGUCAGGAGGACAUUAUUGACAAUCUAAAGAUGAAGCCCAUCACACUUGAUGACUUCAUGAAGGAGCGCAUUCGCACCUUGCCGACAACCCUGCCACCAGAAGAAUUGGGGGAACAAAUUGUGGGCGAAUUCCCGGCCAUUCUACUCUACACCUCAGGCACCACCGGUAUGCCUAAGGGUUCUGCAUUCACUAUGUCUCGGCUAUACACCUCCCUAUUCAUCCACCAGGCCGCUAUGGGUGAUCAGCCUGGGCCCAACGGUGAUCGGUGGUACAGCUGUAUGCCCUUAUACCAUGGAACCAGUGCUAUUACAAUGAUGUCAUGUCUAGCUAUGGGCGUGAGCAUUGCCAUAGCUCCUAAAUUUAGCAUCCAGAACUUCUGGGCUGAUAUUCGUGACUCCGAGGCUACUGGCUUUGUAUAUGUUGGAGAAAUUGUUCGCUAUCUACUCACACCACCACCAUCGCGCCAAGAUCGCAACCAUAAGAUACGGUGUAUAUAUGGUAACGGCCUUCGACCGGACGUUUGGGAGCAGUUCCGACUCCGGUUUGGCGUGCCUGAGGUGGCCGAAUUCUUUAGCAGUACCGAAGGAAUGUUUAGGCUCUUCAAUUACAAUCGCGGCCCCUUUACCGCUGGAAGUGUCGGCCACCAUGGUCUAAUAAUGCGUCGCAUUUUGCAUAAUGUCGUCGUUCCCGUUGCCAUUGACCCGGAAACUGGUGAUGUUCUAAGGGAUCCCCAGUCUGGCUAUGUAGUUCGCUCACCCCAUGAAAAGGGAGGCGAAAUCCUUGUGAACAUCCCCGGUGAAUAUGCUUUCCAGGGGUACUGGCGGAAUACUGAAGCCACUGAAAAGAAAUUUCUUCGCGAUGUUUUCAAAAAAGGCGAUCUAUACUACCGCACGGGUGACACCCUACGCCGGCAGAGUGACGGCCGCUGGUACUUCCUAGACCGACUCGGUGAUACAUUCCGCUGGAAGAGUGAGAAUGUUUCUACUGCUGAAGUCUCAGAAGUCAUCGGCCAAUUCCCAGGAGUGACAGAAGCCAACGUAUAUGGUAUUCGUCUCCCUAAUCAUGAAGGACGAGCCGGUUGUGCCGCAAUUCAGAUUGCUUUGGAUGCCCGUAAGACAUUUGACUACACAGCGCUUGCACAUUUUGCUCGUUCUAGGCUUCCACGAUAUGCCGUUCCACUGUUUCUUCGUGUUGUUGAGAAUCCUACUCAUAUACACAACUACAAACAAAACAAAAUACCACUUCGUAAUGAGGGAGUUGACCCUGCGCUCAUUGGUACCGAAGCUCAAAAUGGGAAAGAAGAUCACUUUCUGUGGAUUCCCCCUGGUGAACAGGUUUACUCGCCAUAUAGAAAGCAGGAUUGGGACCGAUUGUUAGAUGGGAGUGCUCGGUUGUGA